ACCACAGUUGUAUAGUCUGUAAUCCAGGGACGUGUCCCCACUGAGUGACUUCAGCUCUCCCUUCCUCAGUGCCACCAAGUCGGCCCUUCGCUACCAAUUCCCCAGUCCCGGGUCCACAACUGCACUCGCUGCGGCACCCCACGUCGCCGACGCGUCGCUCCCCUUCGCCGUCCUCGCCCCCCGCGGGCUGCGGGGCGGCGCGGGCUCUUUAAGAACAGCGGGAAGGGCGAGCAGCAGCUUGGAGGAGAGCGCAGUCGCCCGGCGGGUUCGGGAGGACAAGGUACCGAAGAUCGGGCUCAGGGAACCAGGUGUGCGCGGCCAAGCUGAGUAGGGGCGCGCCCCUGUCGCCCCUCCCCAACCCUGUCAUCUCUCUUCAGACCUGAGGCCCGAGCCCUCCCCUGUCGCCCGCCCCGGCCCGGCCCCGGCCCGGCCCGGCCGCCGGGACCGGGAGCCGGGACGCUGGUGCCGCAGCCGAAGGCAGGCCGGCGGCGGCGUGAUGGCGGAGAAGGCGCUGGAGGCCGUGGGCUGUGGACUAGGACCUGGGGCUGUGGCCAUGGCCGUGGCUCUGGAGGAUGGGGCGGAGCCCCCUAUGCUGACCACACACCUGAAGAAGGUGGAGAACCACAUCACCGAAGCCCAGCGCUUCUCCCACCUACCCAAGCGCUCAGCCGUGGACAUCGAGUUUGUGGAGCUGUCCUAUUCCGUGAGGGAGGGACCCUGCUGGCGCAAACGGGGUUAUAAGACUCUCCUUAAGUGCCUAUCAGGUAAAUUCUGCCGCCGGGAGCUGAUUGGCAUCAUGGGCCCCUCAGGGGCUGGCAAGUCCACGUUCAUGAACAUCUUGGCAGGAUACAGGGAGUCUGGAAUGAAGGGGCAGAUCCUGGUCAACGGGAGGCCGAGGGAACUGAGGACCUUCCGAAAGAUGUCCUGUUACAUCAUGCAGGACGACAUGCUGCUGCCACACCUCACAGUGUUGGAGGCCAUGAUGGUCUCUGCUAACCUGAAGCUAAGUGAGAAGCAGGAGGUGAAGAAGGAGCUGGUGACAGAGAUCCUGACAGCACUGGGCCUGAUGUCCUGCUCCCACACGAGGACAGCCCUACUCUCCGGAGGGCAGAGGAAGCGCCUGGCCAUCGCCCUGGAGCUGGUCAACAACCCACCUGUCAUGUUCUUUGAUGAGCCCACCAGUGGUCUGGACAGCGCUUCCUGUUUCCAAGUGGUGUCCCUCAUGAAGUCUCUGGCCCAGGGGGGCCGUACUAUCAUCUGCACCAUCCACCAGCCCAGUGCCAAGCUCUUUGAGAUGUUUGACAAGCUCUACAUCCUGAGCCAGGGUCAGUGCAUCUUCAAGGGCGUGGUCACCAACCUGAUCCCCUAUCUGAAGGGGCUCGGCCUGCACUGCCCCACCUACCACAACCCAGCUGACUUCAUCAUCGAGGUGGCCUCUGGCGAGUACGGAGACCUGAAUCCCCUGCUGUUCAGGGCUGUGCAGAAUGGGCUCUGUGCCAUGGCAGAGAAGAAGAGCAGCCCUGAGAAGAAUGAGGUCCCUGCCCCCUGUCCCCCUUGCCCUCCGGAAGUGGAUCCCAUUGAAAGCCACACGUUUGCCACCAGCACCCUCACACAGUUCUGCAUCCUCUUCAAGAGGACCUUCUUGUCCAUCCUCAGGGACACGGUCCUGACCCACCUGCGGUUUAUGUCCCAUGUGGUGAUCGGCGUGCUUAUUGGUCUCCUCUACCUGCACAUCGGUGACGAUGCCAGCAAGGUCUUCAACAACACGGGCUGCCUCUUCUUCUCCAUGCUCUUCCUCAUGUUUGCCGCCCUGAUGCCAACUGUGCUCACCUUCCCCUUAGAGAUGGCCGUCUUCAUGAGGGAGCAUCUCAACUACUGGUACAGCCUCAAAGCGUACUACCUGGCCAAGACCAUGGCCGAUGUGCCCUUCCAGGUGGUGUGCCCGGUGGUGUACUGCAGCAUCGUGUACUGGAUGACAGGCCAGCCAGCUGAGACCAGCCGCUUCCUGCUCUUCUCAGCCCUGGCCACCGCCACGGCCUUGGUGGCCCAGUCUUUGGGGCUGCUGAUUGGAGCUGCCUCCAACUCCCUACAGGUGGCCACAUUUGUGGGCCCAGUUACCGCCAUCCCUGUCCUCUUGUUCUCCGGUUUCUUUGUCAGCUUCAAAACCAUCCCCACUUACCUGCAGUGGAGCUCCUACCUCUCCUAUGUCAGGUAUGGCUUUGAGGGUGUGAUUCUGACCAUCUAUGGCAUGGAGCGAGGAGACCUGACCUGCUUGGAGGAACGCUGCCCUUUCCAGGAACCACAGAGCAUCCUCCGAGCGCUGGAUGUGGAGGAUGCCAAGCUCUACAUGGACUUCCUGGUCUUGGGCAUCUUUUUUCUGGCCCUGCGGCUGCUGGCAUACCUUGUGCUCCGUUACCGGGUCAAGUCAGAGAGAUAGAGCUUUGCCCUGGCCUGCGCCCCAGCCCCUGCAGCAGGAAGCCCCCGGCCCCGGCCCUUUGGGACUGUUUUAACCUUGUAGACUUGGGCCCUGGCUGCUGGUGCAGCCGUCCUCCCCUCUCUCAGAUCCUCCACAGGCUGGCUGUUGGACUGCGCUCCCAGCUGUGGCCCUGGGGCUGGGGGUGCCAGGCCUCCCCGCCACGCCCAGGAGUCUUCCCAAGUUGAUGCGAUCUGUAGGUCUGUAGCUUCCUCCCUCCUCUUUCCAACAUCUGCAUGCAAAGACCACGGGGAGGCUGCCACCCGCCUUCUGCCCCCACAACUCCCCUCCUCUGUUGUCUGUCUGGGAGCCCCAGGCUCUCCAGGCCCCCUGACAACUGACCAAAGUGGCCCCCCUGGGGGUCCCCACCACACAAGUGUUUCUAAACUGGGCUGUUAUAAGGUUGGUGUUCCAGGGCUGGGCCCUGGUGGGGUCCCCUGGAUGUCCCAUUUGGACGUUGGAAUGGAGCAGGGAUGGACUCUGGAAGUCUCUUCCUCCUCCUCACCUCUCCCUGCCCCUAGACCCUGGCUGAUUUGGACAAUCUGUUGGGACAGAAGCUGGGUUUUCUGUCUGGAUCAUCCCUCCCAAUCCUGGGGAUUGGAGAGGCCUGGCGCCGUGGGCUGUCCCCUGGACUCCUCCCCGUCACCUCUGGUGGGGGCUGGGCCUGUGGCACCUCUGCAAUAAUGUCUGUGUUUCUCUCCCAUCCGCCACUGGAACUGGAGAAUGCACUUUAUUCUCGGGGGUGAGUGGGAGAAGACCCAAGCCUCCUUUCUCGCUGCUCGCCUGGUCCCACAAUGCUCCCUCACCUCUCCUGAGUUACAGGCACAUAUAUGCGAACAGGCAAUCUCAGCCCUACACACGCUCGCUGUCCCGCUGUGGCUCACAGGAAGAGUGAUGGUGGUGGUGACGGUGGGUGCUGUGGGAAGGGCUGUGUCAACCUCCUCCUGGGGAUUCCGCAUUGAUUCUAAGGAUGAGGCUGGUGCUGCCCGGGGCGUCUCCAGGAUCUGCAGGUGUCUACCCACCAGUCUUCCCUCCCUCCCUCCGUCCCAAGCCAGGGGUGGCACAGGGCACCAGCUCCCUGGAGUGCAGGAGCCCACACGAGCACAAGCAUGAGCAUAAGAUGGACUUGGCCGCUGCCACCCCAUGGCUCUUCUUUUGUGUGUCAAGCUGGCGGUCUCACUCCCCCUCUCCUUCCAUGGCCACUUGCUGCUCAUUCAAACUCUUGUCCGCGUCUCUCCACCUGCUUUCUAUCAGCCAAGGUGGGCCCUGGGCACCAGAGCAGCAUGCCCACGGCACCAGAGCGACAGACACACCUAGAACAUGUCUAGCUUUCCUGGGGGUGCGGGUCCAGGCUCAUUCUUCUUCUGAUUUCACCUUCCCCUAGGGCUCUUGUCCCCCCUUUGUCCUGUACACACACCUCUCUACCUUCCUUGCCCUGCCACGGAUUCUCCCCAUCACACAGAGAUGCCAGUUGUAUUUGUGGGAGUUCACCCAUUAUUAAUAAAACCUAUAUUUAUACAGUA